UAAGAAAUCGAAAUCAAUCUUUAAUCCAAAUUUUGGCGCUCGAUUCGUCGUCUUUGCUGCAUUCCCCGGAGCUCCGGAACUUGGCUUGUUGCGUCGGCUGAGGAGAAUGAGGAGCGUAUUGUUGUUGAUUGCGGUGGCUGUGUGCUCGCAAUGUUCAGUCGCGGCGGUGGUUCGGAGUGGAUCUAGCGAUGGAUUUGGGGAACGAAGAGAUACCGAGACUGCGAUAUCGCUACUGGAGAAUGAAUUGAUGGCGUCGUCGCCGUCUGAGCUUACCAUGGUGCCUCUCACCUUGAUUCAGGGAGCUGACGCCAAAGGAGCUGUCUGCCUAGAUGGGACACUACCUGGUUAUCAUCUAGAUCGUGGUUUUGGUUCAGGUGCUAACAGUUGGCUUAUCCAGCUUGAGGGUGGAGGAUGGUGUAAUAACCGUAGGACCUGUGUGUAUCGCAAAACAAGUCGCCGUGGUUCCUCUAAUUUCAUGGAAAAAGCCUUGGCAUUCACUGGAAUAUUGAGCAAUAAAUCUCAAGAGAAUCCUGACUUUUAUAAUUGGAACAGGAUCAAGUUGCGCUACUGCGAUGGUGCGUCUUUCGCGGGCGAUAGUCAGGACGAGAGUUCGCAAAUUUUCUAUCGAGGACAACGAAUUUGGCAUGCGGCUAUGGAAGAAUUCCUGUCUUUAGGCAUGCAGCAAGCAGACCAGGCUCUGCUUUCUGGAUGCUCAGCCGGAGGAUUAGCAUCAAUCUUGCACUGUGAUGAGUUCAGGGAACUGUUACCUAGUUCUACGAAAGUAAAGUGCUUAAGUGAUGCUGGAAUGUUUCUGGACGCAGUGGAUGUCUCUGGGGGCCGCUCGCUUAGGAAUAUGUUCCAAGGUGUUGUUACAGUGCAGAACCUCCAAAAAGACUUGUCCAGUUCUUGUACGAACCAUUUGGAUCCUACUUCGUGCUUCUUUCCCCAGAACUUGAUUUCAGACAUCAAAACCCCAAUGUUUCUUCUCAACACAGCAUAUGACUCCUGGCAGAUCCAAGAGAGCUUAGCUCCUCGAACUGCUGACCCAGGCGGCAUCUGGAAGGCAUGCAAAUCUGAUCACUCGCAGUGUAAUUCAUCACAGAUCCAAUUCUUCCAAGAAUUCGGGAAUCAAAUGGUGAAUGCCCUAGAUUCAUUCUCUACAUCCGACCAGAACGGUAUUUUCAUAAACUCUUGUUUCGCGCAUUGUCAGUCUGAAAGACAGGACACUUGGUUUGCGCAAGAUUCUCCCCAAAUAGACGGAAAGAGAGUAGCAGAGUCUGUAGGUGACUGGUACUUCGAUCGAGCACAAGAUGUCAAAGUCAUUGACUGUCCUUACCCAUGCGACACAACAUGUCACAAUCUGAUUUUCGAUGUUAACCUAACAGCUCUCGAGAUCUCAGCUUCUUCAAGGUUUUGUUUCCCUCUCCUCAGUGCCUCUCUGGUCCCUCUAGUGUUGACAAAACUCAUGCUCAGAUUCUUAGUUUAG